AGAUCCAUAGAUCUCAUGGGUUGCAGGAGAAGACAAAGGCUCCUCAUAUCAUUUGGUGAAUCACAACUGAGUGCUACCUCUCUUCACACAGGUAUUUUUGGCCAGAAGCUAGAAGACACUGUCCGGUAUGAGAAGCGAUAUGGGAACCGCCUGGCUCCCAUGCUGGUGGAGCAGUGCGUCGAUUUCAUCCGACAGCGGGGGCUGAAGGAAGAAGGCCUAUUCCGACUGCCUGGGCAGGCUAAUCUUGUCAAGGAGCUGCAGGAUGCAUUUGACUGUGGAGAGAAGCCUUCUUUUGAUAGCAAUACAGAUGUGCACACGGUGGCAUCACUGCUGAAGCUGUACCUAAGGGAACUCCCAGAGCCAGUCAUACCAUAUGCAAAAUAUGAAGAUUUUCUUUCCUGUGCCAAGAUGCUCAGCAAGGAAGAAGAAAUGGGCCUGAUAGAAUUAGUGAAGCAAGUGAAGAGCCUGCCGGCUGUCAAUUAUAAUCUGCUGAAAUACAUCUGUAGAUUCCUGGAUGAAGUCCAGUCUUAUUCAGGCAUAAACAAAAUGAGCGUGCAAAAUCUGGCUACUGUUUUUGGCCCCAACAUCCUCCGCCCUAAAGUGGAAGAUCCUUUGACUAUCAUGGAGGGUACGGUAGUAGUCCAGCAGUUAAUGUCAGUGAUGAUAAGCAAACACGAAGAGCUGUUUCCCAAGGAUGCAGACCCUGAUGUGGGACCCGAGGUGUGCAACAAUAACAAUGAAAUGCCAAAGAAAGCAAUCGUUGGACAGCUACAAAACAAAGAGAACAACAACACAAAGGAGACAGCAGUGAGGCGCUGCUCUUGGGAUAAACCUGAGUCUCCCCAAAGGGGAAGCAUGGACAAUGAGUCUCCAACUGCACUGCCAGGCAGCAAGACUAAUAGCCCUAGAAACAGCAUCCAGAAAUUAGAUGUCACCAGAAGCCCACCACUCACAGUGAAAAAAAAUCCUGCUUUUAAUAAAGGCAGUGGCAUAGUCACCAAUGGGUCGUUCAGCAGCUCUGUGGAGAGCCAUGAGAAGAGCCAGACCUUACCAAACUGUACCCUGCAAGCCAGGAGAACAUCCUCCCUGAAAGGACCGGUGACUAAAAUGGGCACACAAAGCAUGCAGAAUGGAGGUGUGAGGAUGGGAGUUUCUAGCACCGAUGGGCUCACCAACACCCUCAACAACCGAAGCCCAGGCUGGGCACCCAAUGGCUGUGUCACACUGAGGGACAACAAGCAGAAGGAAUCAGUGAGUGAGUCGGGUCAGCACAACAGGCUCUCCACUUAUGACAAUGUCCACCAGCAGUUCUCCACGGUGAACUCUGAUGACAAACAGAGCGUGGACAGUGCUACCUGGUCAACAUCCUCCUGUGAAAUAUCCCUCCCUGAGCACUCUAACUCCUGUCGUUCGUCCACCACCACCUGCCCCGAGCAGGACUUCUUUGCGGGUAACUUUGAAGACUCCGUGCUGGAUGGACCACCACAGGAAGACCUCUCUAACACUGGUGACUAUGAGAAUAGAAGUGACCGAAGGAGUGUGGGGGGCCACAGCAGCAGAGCCACCAGCAGCAGUGAUAACAGUGAAACGUUUGUUGCCAACAGUACUAACAAUCAUAGUGCUCUGCACAGCCUGGUGUCCAGCUUGAAGCAAGAGAUGGCCAAACAAAAACUCGAGUAUGAGACAAGGAUAAAAAGCUUGGAACAGAGAAAUCUCACCCUGGAGACGGAAAUGAUAGCCCUGCAUGAAGAGCUGGAUCAGGAGCGGAAGAAGUUCACAAUGGUGGAAAUCAAAAUGCGUAAUGCAGAACGGGCCAAAGAGGAUGCAGAGAAGAGGAAUGACAUGCUGCAGAAGGAAAUGGAGCAGUUUUUCUCUACUUUUGGAGAACUGACAGUGGAGCCACGCCGACCAGAAAGGGGCAACACCAUCUGGAUCCAGUGAGCAUUGGAGGCUUUGACUGUGGGAUGCUGGGAAAGGGCUUAGGGGUAUUAUACUGCGUCAGGUGGCUGGUCACCUGUCUGUCUGAGGCUAGCACUCAACAUAAUGUUAUAGACUCUUGAAGGAAGAAAUCGUACAUGUUAACCACUCAUAUCUACAGUGUGUACUUAUCAAGUUCAUACUCUUUGGAUGCUUCAUGAGACUACUGUCAAGUGUCACAACUGGAUAUGUGUAUAUAAAUUUAAAAAAAACAUCUUAGAGAGUGAGAGAUGUAUCUCAAGAAAUAUUUUAAUUCAAGUCUUGUAUUUAAACUGGUAAAUUGAAAUGUUGUUGCAAUCAAGCUUUAUAUCAAGGCUUUUCUCCCUUGCACUUAACAUAAGCUAUUUUUGACAUUGUGUUACCAUCAGCUUAUUUUGUAUAUCAAAUGUUUUUUUGUUUUGUUCCUCCCUCUUGCUGGGGAGUGAAGAUAAACAGAUAUAUAAAGGUACAUGUGCCAAUGGUUAGCACUAGUCUGCGUCGCUUUUGAAAAAGAGAGCUGGAUGAGAAGGAGGAGCAUUCUGGGGAUGGCAAGUGGGGCACUAAUUUAAGAGAACUGAUGACCUGACUAAAAGUUACCCGAGCUCUCGUAUCAAAUACCCUGUAAGGAUAUCACCAACAUUGAGCAGUUAGUAUUCAAAGGACAGAGAGGUGCCUGUUUGAGAGGAAAUGUAGUGGUAAAGAGUAAGAAGGUGGGAGAAGGGGCAACUCAAAGAGAAGUCAAUUGAUAGAGCCAGAGCUUUUUGGGGUACUCUAGCAUAUCCCUGUGGUCACUGCAGCUCAGAACAGGGAUAUAAACCAUGCUUUGACCACUAUUAUGACUGAAUUACCUCAGUACUACAGGAGAAUGGAGUCCUUUCUAUAAGGCUGGCAAAGGGAUACACAGAAGGACACACUGUACAUCUUGACUGCCUUAGCAGUGUGAGGGGUGCUAAACAAAACAAAACACAGACCUGCAGAACUGAUGAGCAGAGGAGAAAAGGCAACUGUAUUACAAGCUGCAAAUAAGGAAGAACACAUUAAGCACCCAUAUUUACAGUGCAUAUUGACCAGCUAAGCUUUCUGAGUUGAGACUUCUGUGAAGUGUUAAGCUGUGGAAACUCUCAGGAUCACAAUGUAAUCAAGGGAACAGCCAGAGGAACUGCCUGCAGACUGCCAACAAAAAGCAGCCAAGCUGUGCAGUGAAAGGCCAGCCUAUUGGGAAACAUAUGCAUAGUAGGUAUAAUGUUUCGUAUACCAUCCACAAGAUCUUUUCUGCUUUUAUCUUUGUCUUUAAGACUGUGAGUUGUAUCGUUAGAGGGUGUUAAGACAUCUUGGCUUCCCUCUACCGUUACUCAAAUGUAUUGCAAUUAUCGCUGACCCCCAAUUGAGAUCUAAGAAUGUAGCCUCAAAGAGGUGCUCUCUGUAGCAUGUACAUUAGAUAAAUACUAAUUAGAUGUGAUAAGUAUACAGGGAAACAAAUAUGAGGUUUACAUUUCAGGAAAAUAACAACUUAGAGUGGAGCAUUACACAUGGUGUUCGUGGAACAAUUAUUCAUGUUAUCUUGGGUUCAGAGGCCCAAGUUAGGACGCUAAUUACUGUAAACAUGUCUAGUGCACAUCCAGUCUGGAUGCAAAUGCGAAAAAGUAAGACAGAAAUCAAGUUAAUAGGAAGGAGAAUGUUUUGUGUUGGUUAGCCACAAUCACGAAUGUUGGCGCAAAUGGUGAGAGAAGGAAACUGUUUGCUAUUUCCUUCUGCCUUCCUUUCUGUUUUUAAGAAUCCCUAUUUGGAGUGUGCUCUGGCAUAGCAGUAUAAUUAAGCUUAAUUUUUGUCUUGGCUAAAUGUUUUUCUCAAUGUCUCAGAGUUUUUUGCAAAUAUUAUAAUUAAUACAUAAAAGAUUUUCUGUUAAAUGAUAUGCAAAACAGGUAUUUUAGGUUUUCGUAAGAAUGUAGAGGAGAGGAACUUCAUGAGAUUACUGCUGGAAGAUCCGUGAGCAGUAUUUUAUCCAGAAGCGAGAGUCUGCAGUAGUCGAGAAAGAUUCAACUUGCUAGAAAGAAUGAAUAUUUUCUGGGCUAUGUAUAUGUGAGGGGAAAGGUGGGACAAAAGAUAAGAGCAUGGGCACUUCUGAUGUGGACAUGCAAAAAUGUAGUAAACAGGAGAGAGGAGGAGAACAAGGGAGCAAAUAGACAUGAAAUUGGUGUGUGUAGGCGAUAGACGUGUGCCCUCGGUUAAGAGUGUUUCUUCUGAAAGCUCAUCUCUACAGAAAGACUACCAAAGUUAAUGUUGCACUGUUUUUUUCUGAGAUUUUUUUUGCUCUAAAUUACUUUCUGUGCAGACUCAUUAGCCAGACUGUUUCACGGACCGCCUUCCUGGCUGCUGGCAGCCCCCCAUGCUAAUGUUGAGGAUUGAUGAGGAGAAAUAUGUAGCAGAGCAGCUGCCUGCAAAGCAGGGAGCCUCAGGAGGUCAGAGAAGAACAGCUCUGGGGGCUGCUAAUGGCCCCCAGACCAUCCUUCAGCAUCUCCAGACCAGCAAUUCUCAGCAAAUAAAAUUAUAUGCAGCAGAUGCCCUGUUGAUAUCAACUGCCAUGAUUCUACAGAGGCUUGGGAAGUGAUGACAGCAGCAAAGGUCAUGUUCUGACUUAGCUUUUAGGUGCUGUUAUAAUACAUGUAUUCACUGUUAGUGAUGGUAAUCUAUCUAGUUCUGCUGCCAAAAUGCUUGUCAGCAACAAAACAAGUAGCACGUCAAUAAUAGUAGAGUGCAGAAAAUUUGAAGCCAGAAAAAUGAGUGUGAUGCAAAUCUGUUCCCCCUUUUUUUUUUCUCCAAGGAAUGCAGGAUAAUGAGUUUUGCAUGCAAUACAACUUCAUUUAUGAAUCUCCUAAAUGUGAGAAUGGAAAAUCCUCUCUGCUUCUGUAUUCUUCUCUUCAUGCUAAAGAGCUUUAACAUGAUUUAUAUUCAGCAGGACUUCACUGGAUUUGAAUCUGUGAUGUUAGAAUACUAUUACGAGCAUGGCUAUAAUUCCUAACUGUAAGGCAAGUGGGAAGGGACUUGGCUUGAGACCAAAUGGGUAUCUCUGAGCAGCAGUAUUUCCUGUUGUUCAGAUACGGAUGGCACUCUUUGUUUUCUAGUCAUAGCAGUUAACUGUAACAAUUAGAUAAAUUUAUGGCUUUAUUUUUUGUGUUCCCCUCUUUUUUUAGGUCCAGAUUGCUGAAUCAUAAUCUAUAGUUCAGUAGAAAUAAUGGGUACUGUUGUUCAAAGCAGUGUUUGCAAAUGAGUUUUGCAUACUUCAUAGCAGAAAGUGCUCUCUUAGUGCUCUCUAUCAGCACUGCUAUGACUGAUUCUAUUAUUAUAUCAGACAUGUCAGUGGAUGGCAGUUUUAACAGCACCUUCUUUAUAUUGGGCUGAACUACAGCACUUGGUUUUGGCAGAAUGGGAUGAUUGUUGGAGUGGGACUCAAAGAUCGUUAUGGUUCCUUUCCAACUCAUUAUAUUAUGCGAUUGUAUGAUGUGGUGCUACCUUUUUCUGUAGCCACUUUUAACCCAGGCUCAGCACUGUGGUGAGGUUUUAAUUCAUUCUUACAAAUGUGCAUUUUCUGUUAUAUCCAGAACUCACUUGGGGAGGUGUGUGAAACAGCUUCAGAUUCAUACCUGUCUGGUUUCAUAAUGGUUCCCAUGUGUAGACAUGCCCUAAUAGUGCAUGUGGGUAACGAAGGAGGUAUUUGUAUAAUUUAGUAUUAAUAGUGAAUAUAUCGCAGUUGACUUAAUUGGUAUUUGUCUGUCUGGCUGAAGGGACUUACAUCAAAGGAAGCUAUAAUGGAAAGUGAGCAAGGUAUGAACCAUGGCAAAAAUGAAGCAUCUCUGGAGGCAGUUCCACAGGCCAUUAGGAGAACAGUUCAUGAACUAUUCAUUCAUCUGUUCCUGUGCUGCUAGCCAGGCCUGUUUUUCCCAGAGCCAAUACUCAAGAUCAAAAGCACACUCAGCUAUUAUAAACCUUGCCUGAUGAGGAAUGAGGUGGUGCGCUGCUAUGGGACUGAAGCAGGGGGAUGUACUGAGUAAAGAUGGACAGCUGUCUAUGCAGGGAGCCAGCGGGAGUCUGCUGCAGCAGGGCCUACUGUUUUGGUGCAGACUACCAACUCCCAUGCCUGGGAGCUGAGUGAACAGCUAUUUCUUCUAGUUCCACUCAGACAAGAUGGUGGGACUGCCCGUCUCACGUAGCUGAGGGGUGUCACUGAUUAGCUGUGGGAGCCAGAAUCUGAGGCUAGCUGGUCAGGUUGGGAGGUCUAAACAUUGUUCAGAGAACAUGUACUGGUCGUAACACUGCUCCCUGCACAGCACAACCAUGCAUAUAAUUCUUCUGGAAAUUCAGCAGACAAACCAAGAGCUGUGGUUGCCCAUGCUGGCUGCACUCCUCCUGCUCUCUGUGCCAACAUACACAUAACUGCAAACAGCUGUGGGGAUGCCUUGGUCCUGGAGCCGUGCCCUUCUCCUGAGCCGGGACAGUUUACCACCUGGAGGAUCACUUUCAGGUUUGGUUUAAGGUGCUGCUGAGUUUAAACCAGUGUUCUGCAGAUAAAAAGCAAAAAGGGUUGGUAUGGCUGUUCUUCCCCGAACACAAACCUUUAGCAUGCGGGGCUUCAUCAUCCUGAUGGUGAGGUCAAAGCAAUUUUCACCAUUACACUGGGGAGGUGGACAGAGAGGUCAAAAGAAUUUAUAUGGUAGCUUUCAAAUCAGAAUCACAUUUCUGUCUGUCAGAAAUGUUUCCAUGAUAGCUGUGGGGAGCUGAGGAGAAAUCCUCAGUUCUCAGAAGCGAAUUAUCUGAUGGAACAAGAUUUAUACAUGUUCAAUUUAGGGAAACUUUCAUCUUGACUACAUGCACAUUAAAGGUAAGUGGUGACAGCAGGUGCUGUGGAUUCCCAAUGUGACAGGUUUUUGUUUCCUGACAAAUAGAUUACGCACAAUUUUUAAGAGAAUUUAAAUUAUUUGUGUUUUACUUCUGUGUUGAGUUUUACUGUUAGGCAAAAGGGAGAAAAGAAAAAAAA